UGGGCGAACUCCGAAUUGGAAGAGUCGCUGGAAUGCCCCUUAUUUUCUUAGUUGAUUUAUUAGGUGUUUCUUGGUUCGCCCGUCACGGAUAGUCGCUUUAUCAUUGGCACGCAUUAUUAUGUGUACCCUGACACCGCUGUUACAUAGCAAUCGCAUACCUCGGGUAUCUGCAUAUGGUAUCUAUUGCUAUCGCCACAUCAGCGUUGGGGACCCAAGUAUGAAUCCCACUCUUGGGCAACGCAAACAAUGAAUACCAUCCAUCUCCCAUCAUUGCCUGGACAAUUUUUAUUUCCUGUCUGGUCACUGAACCUUCAACUGAGCGAGUGCUUGGUGGGUAGCUCAGCUUCAAUGUCCUGCUUUCUUCUAUCUUUAACACCAUCGAUAUGACGGGCGAUGGCGGUGAUACAGCGUAUAAUAGCCACAUCGAAGGCUUUCGACAAAAUGAGUUUCCCAUGCUACGAGAUGAGGUCUAUCUUGACCAUGCCGGGACAACGCUAUACGCGAAGUCCCUCGUGGACAAGUUCGCUACGGAUAUGACAUCAAAUCUACUUGGCAAUCCGCAUUCUGCUUCUUUUUCAUCCCAAACCUCCACUUCUCGUAUUGAAGAUGUUCGGCUUCGAGUUCUCCAAUUCUUCAAUGCCGACCCUUCCGAGUUUGACCUCGUCUUCGUUGCCAACGCCACUGCAGGCAUUAAGCUUGUAGCUGAAGCAUUUCGAGGUCACCCUCUUGGCUUUGACUACAUGUAUCAUCAAGCAUGCCACACCAGCUUGGUAGGCGUUCGAGAAGAAGCCACACAUAAUCAAUGUCUCGACAACGCCGGUGUAGAUAGUUGGCUUGACGGAACCAAUCCUUUCGCUGACAUUAGUCGUCAUGAUAGUCCACUCCUUUUCGCCUAUCCCGCGCAAUCCAACAUGGACGGCUCCCGGUUUCCCCUUGACUGGGCUGACCGGUUUCGUAGAAGUGGACCAGCAUUGAGCCGGCCAAUUUAUACGCUAUUAGACGCUGCGGCGUUCGUUGCGACCUCCCCUCUGGACCUAAGCAAUCCAGAAACGGCACCAGACUUUACUGUGUUAAGUUUUUACAAAAUUUUCGGAUUCCCAGAUUUGGGCGGACUUAUCGUGAGACGUCAAUCGACUUCGAUCUUCCGGUCCCGGAAAUACUUUGGCGGUGGUACGGUCGACAUGGUAGUUUGUCUCAGAGAGCAGUGGCAUGCUCCAAAAACACAGGCUUUACAUGAGUCGCUGGAAGAUGGGACGUUACCGAUACAUAGUAUCAUCGCUUUAGACUCAGCGCUCGACGUUCAUCGUCGAUUAUUCAGGUCCAUGAAACAUGUCUCGUCUCAUACAUCUUUUCUAAGUCAAAGGUUGUAUGAUGGUCUGGCUACCUUGAAAUAUAGCAAUGGCCAACCUGUAUGCAUCAUUUACUCGCGGCCGUCGUUGACAUCAAAGGAAAUAGGGUCUCCUUUAGGCAACGGACCAGUUGUUACCUUCAAUUUACAAAAUCGGCUUGGAGCGUGGGUUAGCUUGGUGGAAUUCGAGAAACUUGCAGUACUAAAGAAGUUCCAUGUCCGCACCGGAGGGCUCUGCAACCCGGGUGGAAUCGCAAAUGCCCUUAACCUCGCCCCAUGGGAAAUGAAACAGAAUUUCUCGGCUGGAUUUAGGUGCGGAACUGAUAAUGAUAUCAUGAGUGGAAAACCAACAGGGGUCAUUCGAGUGAGCUUAGGUGCCAUGAGUACGGUUUCGGACGUGGAUCAAUUCAUUGCUUUCGUCGUCGAAUUCUACCAAACCGAAAGUAUAACCGAAUCCAUUCAACCAACAGUCAUACCAGGUCAUAUAAACCUACCGGAUAUGUCCGUGAAAAGCAUCACAGUAUUUCCCAUCAAGAGCUGUGGGGGAUUCCGCAUUCCUUCCGGCAUGAAAUGGGAAGUAAGAGCAGAAGGACUUGCAUGGGAUCGAGAAUGGUGUUUGGUUCAUCGAGGGACUGGCCAGGCCUUGAGUCAGAAACGCCACCCUCGCAUGGCUCUCGUUCGGCCAGUGAUCGAUUUUGCUAAAGGACAGUUACGGAUUUCUUACUUAGGACCUUCUAUGCAACAGAUCCCGCCUGAUAUCGCUGUUCCUUUAUCAGCAAACCCAAGUCUUUUUCAAGCAAGUACCACAUCCAAGCCCAUAGCGUCCAGAGUUUGUGGUGAAGAAAUAUCAGCACAGAUUUACACUUCCCACGAGAUUAAUAACUUCUUCACAAAUAUUCUUGGGGUGUCCUGCGCACUAGCCCGCUUCCCACCGGGUGGCUUAGGAAAGAGUAUGCGACACGCCAAGGCUCACCUUCAAAAACAUCAAAAAGUCAAUAGAAGGUCGCAGUGCAAGAUGCCGUGCCAGUUUCCAGGUAUGGAUACGCCUCCAGACUCGGAUUCUGAGUCUGAGCGACAGCGCAUCCUCCUAUCGAAUGAGAGUCCCAUUCUUGCCAUCAACUCGUCUAGUCUUGAAGCGCUCAAUCGCCAGAUUACCGAACGAGGAGGUAAAGCAGUCUCCCCGGAAGUAUUUCGUGCCAAUAUUGUUGUUGGUCCAUCCACUGCGGGGUCGCAGUCAUUUGCUUAUUCAGAAGACCAUUGGUCUAGUCUGCGGAUCGGACAGCAAGACUUCAAGAUGUUAGGUUCCUGUCGGAGGUGCCAUAUGAUAUGCAUAGAUCAAGAAACAGCGGAAAAGAGCGAAGAGCCAUUCGUCACCUUAUCCAAGACGAGACGGUUUGAUGAGAAGGUAUUCUUUGGCACACAUAUGUGUCACCUACCUUUACCAAGUCACAGUACUAAGGAGGCCCAGUUUCCGACUAUUACAGUAGGAGACAAGGUAUUCGUUGACCCUAUUCGAGACAUCUAAAUAUACCUAGUCAAAAUAUCAAGAAAGAUUAAGCAUUGA